AUGGUGUGCGUGAAGAGUCUCCUAGUAGCUAUCGGGCUGACGCCAGCUCUGACUCGCGCUGCGCCAAUAAUUCACGGACGCGACUCCAACAGCACAUGCAGAAGAACCAAAGUAGCAAUCAUAGGAGGAGGCGUUGCCGGCAUAACAGCAGCUCAAGCACUAUCUAAUCAAUCGGUCUCUGACUUUCUCAUCCUCGAGUACCAGGAUCGAAUUGGAGGCCGCAUGCUAAACACCAAAUUUGGCUCAGACUCCAGCGGCAACCCAUACACGGUCGAGCUCGGCGCAAAUUGGAUCUCAGGAUUAGGCGAAAACGCCAAAAACGGCCCAGAAAACCCAGUAUGGACGUUUUCAAAGCAGGUCAAUUUGGCGAGUCCCGAUUCUGAUGCUUUUUCUAUUGCUACCUACAAUGAGACUGGGGCUGUCGAUUUCACCGGGAUCCUUGAUGAGUUCGAAGAGACCUGGAGUAGCUUUGAGCAGAGGGCUGGGACGAUACUUUCAGAAAACCUACAGGACAGAAGUGCCCGCGCCGGCUUUUGGCAGAGCGGAUGGCGACCAAAGGGUGACCCCAUGCGCAAGGCAGUAGAAUACUAUCUUUGGGAUUGGGAGACAGCGCAGACACCUGAGGAGUCUGGCUUCGUAUACGGAAUCACGGGAUGGAACUUGACAUACUAUGGGUUUUCCGAGGAGAGCAAAUUCUCCGCUGACCCUCGAGGCUUCAGCACAUGGCUCAAACACCAGGCGUCCAAAUUUCUCCAACCAAAUGACCCACGUCUCCUUCUCAACACUAUCGUGACAAACAUUAGCCACUCGGACACUGGUGUACACAUCACUACCUCGGACGGCUCCUGCGUAGAGGCCGAUUAUGCCAUUUCUACCGUAUCUCUCGGCGUUCUACAGAAUGAAGUCAUUACCUUCGAGCCCGAGCUACCAGAAUGGAAGCAAUCUGCCAUUGCCACUUUCGCUUUUGGCACAUACACAAAUAUCUUCUUCCAAUUCAACGAAACCUUCUGGCCAGACGAAAAGCAAUUUCUCCUCUACGCAGAUCCAACGAACCGAGGCUACUGGACCGUCUGGCAAAGUCUUUCAACCGAAGACUACUAUCCCGGCUCGAACAUUAUCUUCGCUACGCUCGUAGACGAGCAAUCGUACCGCGUCGAGGCGCAAGAUGACGAGGCUACCAAAGCAGAGGGCAUGGAUGUCCUCCGCAAGAUGUUUCCCAAUGUCAUGAUCCCGGAACCUAUUGCGUUUACGUACCCGCGCUGGACUCAAACGCCAUGGUCGUACGGCUCUUACUCAAACUGGCCUGUUGGCACAACGCUCGAGAUGCAUCAGAACCUGCGCGCGAAUGUGGGAAGAUUGUUUUUCGCGGGUGAGGCUAUGAGUACGGAGUACUGGGGUUUCCUCCAUGGAGCGUGGUAUGAAGGUCGCGAAGUGGGACAUCGCAUUGCGGGACAGCUGACUGCUGAGUGCGUCAACGUUGCGAGCGGGUGUGGCGAUAUGAACAAGUAUGAGGUGUUGCAUGGGACGACGGAGCUUUCGGAGCUCAAUGCGUUUAAUGGCAUGAGGACGAGUCCGUUCUUCAUUGCUGAUCCUGAGGAUGAGACAGACGCAUAA